AUGCUCAGAUAUAGUGGUCUUUUUAGCCUAGUUUGUAACUCGCCAGUCCAGGGACAGGUUGUAACAAGGGUCUCACUUUUCCUUCACUUUACUUCUGGAGGUCUGAAGUCACUCUCCAACAUGAACAAUGCCACGAAGGUGUCCGCAACGAGAUUACAGAUCACUAGCAAUUAA